GUUGUAUGGAUCGUUACAAAAUCAAACAUGCGUAUCGUAUGCAAAAGAACGACAUCGAUAGAAAAGUGGCUACACCUUGCGAGAAUUUGAAACAAGAAAGGAGGGAGAAUCCCUUGGCGAGUUGUCAUUGACCCAUGAUUUCCCACGUCCCCCCACCGGUGGUUCCCAUAGUGCUAAACGUAAGCAAAGGAGCAAAUUAGGGAAAAGGAAAACGAAGAGGGACGAGAUGCACGAGUAUCCUAGCCCAAUAGUGAAAGUGCUCCGAGCUGAAAUCACGUGCUUCAGUUUCCUCAGGUAUAUCACCAGGUGAACUCUUACGGAGGAGUUCAGUAUCAUCUUCACCACCCUUCAAUUUUCUUAUCCAGCGUCCUAGUUUCGAUUCGCAAUUCCGUCGAUAUCUCCGAAACCAUGUGGAUAUAUCAUCGAACUGAAAUGUAAAACUAUCGCUCCGUUAUGUCAUUUAAAAAAUUCUUUUUAUAUUUCUGAAGUGUUGUUACCUGUGCUGCAUCUCGAGAAAAAUAAACGAAACUGGUGAAUGCCUCUUCGAGACUAUACGGACGCUUUCUUCGUUUGAUAAGCGAACGCAUGGGAAGUAUGAGCCUAAACGCGGCGAUUUAAAGUACCGACGAAAUUGUCAUUACGAUGAAACCAAUCGGAGCACGAAACUGGUACCACUGGACUCUCGUUUUCGUGAUCCUGAUAAUUCACGUCCGUGCGAAAAAGGAGAAACGGCAAAUAUUUCGUGAGCAAGUGCUGCCGGCGCUAGGAGGUAAAAUUCCAGAAGAAGCUUUCAAAACCGAUCGUUUGGCUUUGAACCGGCUGAAUAAAGAAGGCAUUACCGUACCCGACGGGGUGGUUUUAGAUGCUCGGCAUGUGCAUAAACAUUCCCAGCAUGUCCAAACGAUGCCAGAAGUAAUAAAGGUAUACCUAACACCGGAUGGUCGUUACGUGCCACCGGAAGGAAGAUUCCAUUAUAAUCACGCUAAAACGAUAGACACGACUUAUGUAAUUCGUGCACCGUACUCGAGGUCCAACGGACACAAGCACUCCAGCAAUUUCAACAGGAACAAGCAUCCAGAGCUACCGAAAUUACAAGCUUACACGAGCUUCAGGCAAUUCACUCCCAUAGUGGUUCCAACGAAACCUGGAAUAUACAAACCUAUCGUAACACCUUUGGUACUUCCUAGCGGCGCAGAAUUGUUGGAGGAAACUUAUUUACCCAGCUGGAACGUUCACUACGACUGGGACACCGUCUACGAGCCAAACAGUGAUUACUACAUCAGCAACAUCGCUCUCUUCGACUCUCAUCAGAUCAUAACCGAUUACCAAGGGUUCCUGAAUAACGUACACGAACGUUCUUCGAGGCACAUUGGAUCCCCGUACAGAGACCAAAAUGGCUUCUCUCGGAUUACAAAACAAGAGUCGAGGGGUAACGGCAUGAAACCACGAGCAACAUCCUAUCAAAAUGUUAGAUUACAUCUUGAUAAAACUGUUCCCCGCUAUACCAAUUUGACUAGCAUUCCGGAGACUAGUUUCGCGUGUAAUGGAAGGAGGGGCAUGUUAGCAGACCCUGAAACCAAUUGCCAAGUGUUUCACAACUGUUCGGGUUGGUCGAGGACUUCUUCGCUGUGCCCUGGGGGCACUGCAUUCAGUGAAGUGAAAAAGCGCUGCGAAUGGUGGAAUACAGUGCAAUGCAAAUGAUUAUCACUUGUUAAAUUGUAAACGCU